AUGGCUGAACUAUUUUUUAACGAUCGCCGUAUUGAUGGUCGAAAAACCACCGAACUCCGGAAAAUCGACUGUUUCUUUCUGCCAGGCAUGGCUGAUGGGUCCGUGCUUCUGCAACAAGGUAAUACAAAGGUGACUGCUUCGGUAUUUGGCCCUCAUCCGUGCAAGUUGAGGUCCGACGAAAGCCCUGAAGAAGUAUACGUCACCUGCCGCUACAACCGCCCUCCCUUCACAAGCACCUCUGGAAACCGUCAAAAACAGACCUCCUCUGAUCGAGCAGCUGCUGAAUACUCAAUAACAAUUGAAGAGAUCUUUUCAACCCUUAUUCGCGGCUCAGUCUACCCGAUGGCACAAAUUGACAUUUUUAUCGAGGUCCUUCAGUCCGACGGUUCGGAAUUCAGCACCGCCAUCAACGCUGCGAGUCUUGCAUUAGCCACAGCCGGCAUCGAAAUGGUCGACUUCGCUGUGGCCUCUACUGUCGGUGAGUCGGUUCUCGUCCUGACCGAAACAGUCUCUUUUUUUCACUGCUACUACGGUUCACGCCUGUUUGCUGAUUUGUGUCGUUACGAGGAGAAUUCCCGCAUCACCCAGGUGACGAUAGUUUGUCUGCCAGCCUCCGCAGCCGCCAAGACGGACUCAAUGGCGGCGGCGGCGGCAGUGGCGGAGCACGCAGAU